UCAAUAGAGAGUGAAGUCGUAAAGACAAUCAUAUACCAAAUCAGUGCUUUCCUCACUUCACCUCUUCAAAACCCAAAACUCAUAAAACUGCUGACAUCCCCAAACUGCAAUGGCCAGUGGUGGAGGUGACCCGCCGCCUCUUCCGGCGUCUAACGGCGGCGAAUUCCUCCUCUCCUUGCUCCAGAAGGCCCCACACCACCACUACCGAGGUCGCACCCCGCCCCAACCUCCACCCCAGCAAUCCCCGGUGCUCGAUCCCGCCGUCGCCGCCCUCGGCCCCACCCUCCCGUUCCAGCCGCCGUGGGGAUCUUCUCCGUCGUCGUCGUCAUCCAACGGCCGAGAUCAUUAUCCUCCUCCUCAUCACAACUGGCCCAAUACGCAGUCUCCUCCUCCUCCUUUCAACUUCCUGGGGUUUCCUCAAAACCCUAACUCCUCUCCUCCGACGCCCAAUCACUUCCCCCAGUUCGGCACCGGCCAAUUCAACCAGAACCCGGCGAACCUCGCCGACGAUUUCAGGAAGCUUGGGCUUUCGCCGCCGAACAGUUCCAUCCAGAACCUCGCUCACCUCGAAGAACAGAAGCUCAAGCUCAGCUAUACACCGGCCGGCGACAUUAUCCGAAAUCGGGAGUCUCCAGCUACUUCCUCUGAAGCUUCCAAGCUCAGUAAUGGCUUGGACCGCAAUCUCCACUUCGGUUCCAACAACUUUUCAGCUUCCAAUGACUUUCGCCGUGCGAAUUACGAUUCACUGGAGCAAGAACCGAGAGGGGGAGGCGGCAGCGGCAGGGGGAAGCAAGUUCAUAGGACAAUGCCGCCGCCGGGGUUCGGGGGAGGUGUGGAGCACAAUGUGGAUAGGGAGAGGCCGAAUUCGAGUGAGUUUGCGAGGAGGAAUAGGGAGGGUUCUUUCGAGAAUGAGAGGGUGAGGAGAUUGGGAGGUGAAGAUGGUCGAAUUCGACGAAAUGAGGCUGGUAGAAUGGGGAUUUCUGCUCGGCCUGGUCCUCCUGCUGGCACCAAUCUCCAUUCCGUUUCUGCUUCGGAGAUUGAGGAGUCGGUGAUGAAUUUUGAGGGUGGAGAGAGGGUGAGAAAAGAUAGUGAUGAGGUUGAAGAUGCAUGCCAACACUUGCUUGAGGAUGAAAGGGAUGAGAAGAAUGAGGGGAAGAAACACCAUAAGGAUUCGAGAUCCGAUAACAGAGGACAGCACCAACUUAGCCAAAGAAUGAGAUCCUACAAAAGACAAACACUGUGUCGCUAUGACAUAGAGAGACUAAAUGAUCCUUUUCUUGAAAUUUUUGAAUCCUUGAUACCAACUGAGGAAGAAAAGGCCAAGCAGAAGCAAUUAUUAACAUUAUUGGAGAAUAUAAUUAGCAAAGAAUGGCCUGAUGCUCGCCUAUAUAUUUAUGGAUCAUGUGGCAACUCCUUUGGAGUUUCUAGAAGUGAUAUUGAUCUGUGCCUGGUGAUUGGUGAAGAAGACGUCAACAAAUCUGAGAUCUUACUCCGGCUGGCAGAACUUUUGCAGUCAGACAACCUAGAGAACGUACAGGCCUUGACACGUGCUAGGGUACCCAUAGUAAAGCUUAUGGAUCCAGUCACUGGAAUCUCCUGUGAUAUAUGCAUCAACAAUGUUUUGGCUGUGGUAAAUACAAAGCUUCUUCGUGAUUAUGCAAAUAUAGACGCAAGAUUACGACAGCUGGCUUUUAUUGUGAAACAUUGGGCCAAGUCUAGAGGAGUCAAUGAAACAUACCAUGGAACCCUAUCUAGCUAUGCGUAUGUUUUGAUGUGCAUUCACUUCUUACAACAACAGAGACCAGCUAUUCUUCCCUGCUUACAGGGAAUGCGAGCAACAUACUCUGUCACCGUAGAGAACAUUGAAUGUGCUUUCUUUGAUCAAAUAGACAAGCUUCAGAAUUUUGGAUCCCAGAACAGGGAAACCAUUGCUGAACUCGUGUGGGCAUUUUUCAAUUACUGGGCAUAUAGUCAUGACUAUGCAAAUACUGUCAUAUCAGUGCGUCUGGGAAGCACAAUCAGCAAGCGUGAGAAGGACUGGACAAGGAGGAUUGGAAAUGACCGGCAUUUGAUAUGCAUAGAGGAUCCAUUUGAGACAUCCCAUGACCUGGGACGAGUUGUGGACAGGCACAGCAUAAAAGUUUUGAGAGAGGAGUUUGAACGUGCGGCUGAGAUAUUGCAGUAUGAUGCAAAUCCCUGUGUGAAGCUCUUUGAACCCUACAUUCCUAGUGUCUAGCUAUUUUACUAGUUUCCCUUUUAACUUAAUGGAAAUUGUUUACUAGCUGAGCAGAAUUUGGGUCGCAACUAUGGUAAAGUAUGCUACGAAUGUAAAAUACGUUGUUACCACAGUUUCGUUUGUUA